UGUAUAUACUUUCAGAAAUCUUCACGAAAUUCUACUGAUUAAUACUAUUUAAAAUUUUACGUAUUGAUCAAAUAAUGACUAAAGUUUGAUCAAUAACUAGUAAGAUAUAGAUAUACUUCCAAAGCGUUUUAAAAUCUUCACAUAAAUAGAUUAUACAGUAAUCUUGAUAAAAUUUAAGAAAGCAUGGGUAAUACAGAAAGCAACGUUACCAGUGGUGUUAAAAAACAAGCAGGGGCUUCUGUUCAGCCCAUUUAUAAACUCUGUGAUUUAAAAGGAGGUGGUUUGUUAGUGGAAUUGAUGAAAAGAGCUACUCAGAACAAGCAGUAUGCCGAAAUCGAUCAUGCCAUCAAAACAAAGGUAGAACAAUUCUUAUACAACAAAGGAGCCGGGCGAUAUCUACCAAUAUCACAGCUAGUUCUACUCAGAAACAAGGAACGGGCCAGACACAAACUUUUGCCCCAAUUAAAAAACAUGGAAAACCCUGACGAGUUUGAAAUUGAUGAUGAGGGACCGGACAUCAGCGAAGAGGAAUAUCUAAAAAAUCCAUCACUCUACAGACACGUCUGUUGGAAGUUGAGAGACCGUGGUGCAGUAGGCGAAACUAUCUUACAUCUGUGCCUACUCAAUGCCACAUCUUUACACGCUGACAUAGCCAAACGUUUGCUGAGAUUCUAUCCCAAGCUGAUCAACGAUAUUUAUAUUUCUGAUGAGUACUACGGUGAAAACGUUCUACAUAUAGCUAUAGUAAAUGAGGACCCAUCUAUGGUAAAAUUUUUGUUGGCAGCUGAUGUAAACUUUCAAGAAAGAUGUUUCGGGAAUUUUAUGUGUCCAGAAGAUCAGAAAUCAUCAAGGACAGAUUCUCUGGAUCAUGAGUGGGUCAAUGUCUGUCCUGAGACAAACUAUGAUGGAUAUGUAUAUUGGGGUGAAUAUCCUCUUUCUUUUGCCGCAUGUUUGGGACAGGAGGAAUGUUUCAGACUAAUCCUAGCCAAGGGAGCUGAUCCUAAUGCACAGGAUACCAACGGAAAUACAGUUUUGCAUUUAUUAGUCAUUUACUCCAAACUGGAAGCUUUUGAUAUGGCCUACGAAGUAGGGUCCAGUUUAUCUAUCAGAAAUAUCCUGAAUUUAACUCCUCUGACUUUAUCAGCAAAAUUAGCCAGAAUCGACAUAUUUUUUCAUAUACUGAACUUAGAAAGGGAGAUCUACUGGCAAAUUGGCAGCAUUACAUGCGCUGCAUAUCCUUUAUCACAAAUCGAUACAAUUGAUGUUAAGACAGGACAGAUCAGUAAGACUUCAGCGUUAAAUUUGGUUGUUUUUGGGGAUAAAGAUGAGCAUUUGGAGCUCAUGGAUGGAGUAUUGAUAGACUUACUAAACGCAAAAUGGAACACCUUUGUCAAGUUCAAAUUUUACAGACAAUUUUUUACUUUUGCGUUUUAUUUCAUUAUUUCCCUCAUAGCAUUUACACUACGACCUGGGCCUUCGCAUCAUGCCGAACCUGCAAAAAAUGGAACAAAUACCAAUGUCACAAAAGCAAUGGCAAAUGUGUCUUCAAUAAUCAAUAGUACAGUAAUUGAGAAUGUAACUCAUCAAAUAAUAACGAAAAAAAUUGAGAAAAAAGAUGAUAGCGAUGAUUAUGAUGUGGAAGAAUGGUGGGACAAUCUUCAAGAAGAAUGUCGUCUGAUGAACUUGGAUCAUCCAAUAUCCCAAAUCAGGUUUGCUGCUGAAAUUGGGAUAACUUUGGGAGCGUUUCUCUACCUAGCAGCAGCCAUUAGAGAAGCAAAAUUUCUCGGUCUGAGAAUGUUCUUCGAAAAUCUGAGGACCUCUCCAUCCAGGGUAAUGUUCCUUUUUUCCUGCAUUCUAGUUUUUGCUGUGAUACCAUGGCUGAGACUGGUAUGUUUGGAUGAAAUUGAAGACACAGUUGCCAUAACAGUUAUGUUAACAACUGCGCCAUACUUUUUGUUCUUCUGUAGAGGCUUCAAAACAGUAGGACCGUUCGUUGUCAUGAUAUACAGGAUGGUCAUGGGUGAUCUUCUGCGUUUUGCUUCGAUAUACCUCGUGUUUGUUAUGGGAUUCUCGCAAUCUUAUUACAUUAUAUUUUUAUCGUUUGACAAUCCGUUGACACCCGAAGAAGUUGACGAUUCCGCCACCAACCCUAUGUCAACGCCUACGGAAUCCAUCAUGGCUAUGUUUCUCAUGUCGUUGACGAAUUUUGGGGAUUAUUAUAACGCGUUUGCCAGAACAGAACAUGAAUAUGAGGCAAAAGUACUGUUUGUGGUAUUUAUGGCUAUAGUAGCUAUCCUUCUGAUCAACAUGUUGAUAGCUAUGAUGGGCAACACCUAUCAGAAGAUCGCCGAAACAAGAAACGAAUGGCAGAGGCAAUGGGCUAGAAUUGUCUUGGUGGUUGAAAGGGGAGUUAGCCCACCAGAAAGACUGAAACAGCUGAUGGUUUAUUCUCAACCCAUGUCCGAUGGUAAAAGAGCACUAGUAUUGCGACUAAAUCAAUCUGAUGAAGACAAAGAAGAAAUGAAAGAUAUUUUGGAAAUAAGAAGACGUCAUGAUAGGAAUAUCAAAAAACGAAUGGAAAAAGAAGGUUUUAAAGAGCAUAAAGCAGACCCAGCAAAAACCCUAACAAAUGAUAUAACACACAAAGAUUAUAAACCCAAAAUAUACAUAUAAUUAGGAUAAAAAGAAUGUUAUAACAAUAUAAAAA